UCUUCCUCAUCUCUACAUAUCUCUUUCCUUUCUAAUCAUGAGGGCGUGACACAUAUUGCUGACUCUCUCUUCCGACUAUGGCGCCGCCUUCUACUUCCUUUACGACCAAGAGGAUCAACGCAACGACCUUUGUGAUUUGCGAGGAUGACGAGUUCCGGGAGCAUCCUUUGAUAUACGUCAAGCUCCACCCCAAGGUUCCUGUGGUUGUCUUGAGUGAUACUGGCUGCGAUGAGCCAAGUGAGGAGCACAAGAAGGACCGCUACAUCCAUCUCCGCAAAUACAUCGAAAACUACCCCAUCCGCGAUAACAACGACCAACCGCUCAACCCAGGAGGGAAUCUCCAAUACUACAUCAUCUGCACCCACUGCCACUACGACCACAUCGGAGGGAUCUCACAAUUCCUCGCCGGCGGCACCACGGAGAUCAUCGCCUCCUCCGCCGGCCGCGACUUCAUCGAAUCCGAUCUCGAAACCCAUGGCCAAUUCAAGUACAUCGGCAGGCCGGUCCCAUGGUACCAAGUAUCUUAUUGGGCGGAGUCUUUUGAGCGGCUAAAGUGGCCACUCUGGCAUAAGGAGCGGGAGCCGCAGCCUUAUCAGACCGAUAUGGAACUGUCGAUUAUUCAUACGCCCGGCCAUACUCCUGAUGAGCUGGCGUGGUAUGAUCAUGCGGAAAUGCAUCUUUCCUGCGGGGACAGUUUCUAUGAUCAGGGGGAGGAGGUGAUGCCGAUCAUCUUCCCGGCGGAGGGCAAUUUGAUUGAAUGGGUCUUCAGCAUGCAGAAACUCCUCGUCUUCGUACGAUCGGAGAAUGCAAGAGCCACCAAAGACGCCGAAGAGCGCAGCAACGAAGAUGGAUGGCAGCAUGUCGCCAAGCGUGUGAAGGUGAGUUGUGCACACGUCACCUCCUUGGCGGAUGGAGAGGAGAUUCUCGCAAAGUUGGAGAAAUUCGCAGCAAGGACAUAUGCAGGCGAGGUGCCGGUGGUGAAGAAGGAGUACAAGGAGGGAGACGUCUACUAUACCUGGCAGGAUGACGAGAAGGCUUCGAGCAUGUCCAUCCAGGCUCCGGCGCGGUUGAUGGAUCAGGCUCGGGCGUUUUUCAACGUAUAGAUAACGUUGUCUGAAAGAGACAGUUACGUGCAUGUUCCCCA